GGGAUCUCUACAUACCAAUAGUAGCACGCACAAGGCUGAGGCCGCCCCUUGAGCAACGUGGCAUACCAUGCAGCCAUUGGAGUGUGCUAGACAAUGCACCAUUGCGGUGAAGAUGACACAGCCAAACAUACUGACAUACUCAGGCCCUCUGUGCGGAAAAGUUGGUGACCGCGAUGGAAGAUCAUAGUAUCGAAAAGAUCGUCCUCGCCCGUGCGCUAGAGUUUCGAAACACGCCCUGAAUUACGCCUCUGGGAACAUGGUCUGUGCACUUCCCGCCUUAGGGGGCGCAGCGAACAUGCGCUUCGCAUAUCAACAGGCGCACGAGGCUCAAACACCGCGACCGGGCUUUUGAUGUUCCACGCAAAAGCAAUUUUACGAAAUGUUGCGUCCUAUACCAGCGGUCGGUCUUGCGAGUGCACUCGUCCAGACCAUAGAUUUCAGCAUCAACGCACUUCGCAAGGACCACCCCAUCUUCCAGCCUAGCUCACCUUCGACAACGCCGUUCGUGGAGAAUGCAGCUUUCCUGCAGGACAUCAUACACAAUCUGUACCGCCUAACCGACCUAAUUGACCACUCUGAGCUCAAGGAGCUAUACGACGAGAAAUCUGCAAAAAGCGCAAAAGCAGCCAAGAAACUUAGCGAGGCUGCGUUGCAAUUGCUGAAGCAUGCCGAUUUGGUCAAAGAGCUGACGGCUUCGUUCAUUGACGCAGUUAUCGCUGCACAAGAGAAAGGAAAGUUUGGCGAUCCGCGAUGGCCUACUGCUCGCGAGGCACUGUUGAACGGGGUGUGGAAGAAGGCCCACCUUACAGGUGUGAAGAAGAGGUAUCGAGCUCUUCGUCGCGACAUUGAGACGAGUCUGCUGUUGGCUAUGCGCCAGUAUCUUGACCAGUCAAUUGAAACUGGUCUUGCUUUGUUUAGCGGUGAGGAAGGCGUGCACACGAAGCACUGGGAAAAAUGGCAGAAUCAAACGCUUGACAUGAUCCACAGCAACGAUUGGAAGAGUAAUAAGAAGAAGGAUGUCGAAGAAUUUUCCAAGCAAGUCGAUGCAUUGAUUCAGGCGGAAAACGAAGCAUACUUUCGCGCGACAAUCUUCGAUAGGCUGUGGUUCGAGGAGAUGGACGAGAGAUUGAAUAGUAUCCCUGCACCAGUCGAUGGAGGCUUUGAGUGGGUAUUCGGAGACGCCUCGAGACAAGUUGGCGGAUUGCUGGAGUGGUUUACCAAUACAAGAGGCGAAGAAAUAUAUUGGCUCACUGGUGCGUCUCUACCUCUUGCGAUCCCGCUGUUUGAUCCCUAAUCUCCAUCUCACACUGACCCUAGGGAAGCCGGGCUCCGGGAAGACGACUCUCAUGAAACAUUUAUUCCGUAAUCCACGCCUGUUCCCACACCUUGAAG